ACCCUGUGAUACCGAGAAUGUAAAGCAACAACGACUCGUUUAUUUCGGGAACUGUGUGUUUAUGUCCGACAUGUUGGUUGAACGCUAACAUAAGAAUGAAGAAGACGGCGGUCACAAAGUCUCUGUAAACGAAUGGGGAGAAAGUUUUAAACUUUGCGCGAACUUUUGUGACAGAGCAUCUCACACACGGUGGUGGUUGACGUUAGUUGUGUUUUUUAUCAAACCUGCCUGAAAAUAGACGGUUUUGUUUGAUUUCGACAUAGUUUAUAACAGAUAAAACGGGCUUCAGGACGUCCACAGGACCCAAACUGCUUAAGUGUUGGAAAUAUCUAGAAACAACUGUUUCGGUGACGUCACGCGGAUGAUUACUGAAAGACACAGAAUGAAGAAGUUCCUGUCUUUGAUAUUCUGGGCUCUGCUCUUCUCCUGCUGCUGCUGGACAACACAAGCAGAGAUCUUCACUUCAAUAAGUCAGAUGACAGACCUGAUCUACUCAGAGAAAGAGUUGGUCCAGUCUCUUAGGGAAUACAUAAAGGCAGAGGAGUCUAAGCUUGCUGCUGUCAAAAGCUGGGCCAACAAACUUGAUGCACUGACCAAAGUGUCCACCUCUGACCCAGAGGGCUACUUGGGCCACCCUGUGAACGCCUACAAACUAAUGAAGAGACUCAACACAGAGUGGUCUGAACUGGAGACCCUAGUGCUUCAAAACCCUUCUGAUGGGUUUAUAUCAAACAUGUCCACACACAGACAGUACUUCCCUGAUGAGGAAGAUGAGACGGGUGCUGCCAAGGCGUUGAUGCGUCUACAGGACACGUACCAACUGGAUUCUGAGGCUUUCUCCAGGGGAAAACUGCCAGGUAUGCACUCCAGUGCUCUGCUGACAGUGGACGACUGCUUCGACAUGGGAAAGACGGCAUACAAUGAAGCGGAUUAUUACCAUGCCGUUCUGUGGUUGCAGCAGGCCUUGAAGCAGCUGGACGCCGGAGAAGAAGCUGUGGUUUCCAAGGCGGAAAUUUUGGAUUACCUCAGCUACUCUGUUUACCAAAUGGGAGACUUACCUCGAGCCAUUGAGCUGACACGCCGACUCAUGGUUGCUGAUCCUAGCCACGAGAGGGCGGGAGGAAACCUCCGUUAUUUUGAACGGUUACUCUCCAAGCAGCUCAACGAGAUGAAGCAGGAAUACCAGCCAGCCUCUGAGGAGCCAAUCCAGCUGGGAACAUACAGCCGACCUAAAGACCACCUCCCGGAGAGAGAGGCCUACGAGGCUCUCUGCAGAGGAGAGGGGAUCCAGAUGAACGAAGCAAGGCGUAGCCGUUUGUUCUGUCGCUACCAGGAUGGUAACAGAAACCCUCGUCUCCUGCUGAUGCCGAUGAAAGAGGAGGAUGAGUGGGACAGCCCUCACAUCGUACGCUACCUUGAAGCCCUGUCAGACGAGGAGAUCGCAAAAAUUAAGGAGCUGGCUAAGCCCAGGCUUGCCAGAGCGACGGUUCGUGACCCAAAAACAGGAGUCCUGACGACAGCCAACUACAGAGUUUCAAAAAGUGCAUGGCUGGAAGGUGAAGAUGACCCGAUUAUUGAAAGAGUCAACCAGAGAAUACAAGCUGUCACUGGCCUGACAGUAGACACUGCAGAGUUAUUACAGGUGGCAAAUUAUGGAGUCGGAGGACAGUACGAGCCACAUUAUGACUUUUCAAGGCGCCCUUUUGACAGCAGCCUAAAGACUGAUGGAAAUAGACUUGCUACCUUCCUAAACUACAAAGAUGAGCCUGAUGCUUUCAAAAGAUUAGGCACUGGAAAUCGUGUGGCAACUUUUUUGAACUAUAUGAGUGAUGUCGAAGCAGGCGGUGCCACAGUCUUCCCUGACUUUGGAGCAGCAAUCUGGCCUAAAAAGGGGACGGCAGUCUUCUGGUAUAAUCUCUUCAGGAGUGGGGAGGGGGACUACCGGACCCGGCAUGCAGCCUGUCCUGUCUUAGUGGGAAGUAAAUGGGUCUCAAACAAGUGGAUCCAUGAGCGAGGACAAGAGUUCAGGAGACCCUGUGGACUAACAGAAGUGGAUUGAAGUUUAAACAACACGAAAAGGAACAUGCAUUAACACUAUCAUAUGUACAGGAACACAAACAACCCCUCAGAGGUGCCUUUAUUCUGCUAGUAAUACAAAGCUCUGUCCCAAUUUCCUACAUACCUGUUCUCUCCCUCGAAGUGUCUACAUAGUUAAAACAAAGUCUUAAGACAAAAAUGUGACUCUGGUGUGCCACUUAAUCUUAUUUUUACCAGAAGAUACAGAACUUGCAUUGCCACACUUCCCCACACACACAACAUUCAAUCAGAGCAGUGAAUUUGGCUAAGGAAUUCAAGAAAACAUGUAGUCAGGUUUACUUGAGAAAUGAGCGUGACAAAAUCCCAGCUGCAUUGGAUCAGUGCCUCCUUACAACAUUAUUCAGCCACUCAAUCAAAUAUAAGUUAGUAACCUGAUGAUCUAAAUGUGCAGGUCCUUUGCCAAAUCUUCUUGUUUCUGCUGAUCACAAAAUUCAACUCUGAAAUCAGGUAAAUGUAUGGUUUGUUCCUCAUGCUGAUUAUUUUCUUUAAAGUUGGCAAAAGCUUCAAACUUUUCAAAAAGUAAAAACCUAAGUUCUGCAAAGAUUCUACUAUAUCCAGAGUAUGCUGGACAUGUGAACUUUUCUCAAAGAGGAAAAGGGAAUUUAAUUCAAAUUCAGUUCAGUUCAGUACUGUGGAAUUAAGGCCAGAAGAAGUGUUUGACAAUGAUAAAAAAAAAAAUGACUGCCUUGGACAUGUAAGAUCUACACCUACUUUGAGUUUGAUUUUUGACUUCAGGGGCAGAAAUGUUACCUAAAAUUUAAAACCUAGGGGUCAAACUUCUUUUUUAUUUAAAAUAAACAGAAGAUUUUAGUGAAAAGUGGAAAAAGUUACUGCCAGCUUAUACUUGGAUAAAUAUAAACUCCAUUUCACCUGAUGCUUUGUUUUUGCACCUCGAGUCUCUUUCUUUCCAAACUUGCCAGAGAAACACAUGUCCUACAAAUCAUGCCCUUGAUUCUUUUUAUUUAUAGUGUUUAAAUUAUUACACUGUUACAUUGUGUGCUCUUUAUACAAAUUUGCAGAAAAGCAAAUCAAUAAACAGUGUCUUUUAUUAGAA